UGUUUCUUGUUUCUUGUUUCUUUCAAUUCAAUUCAAAUUCUCACAACAGUUUUUCUUCUCUUUCAAUCAUACACACUCUUCGUCAUCCACUAUCUGCAGAACUGCACUUACAGAUACUUUCGUCAUAUCCCAAUAUACCCCACACAUUCAUGAUUGUGGUCCUAUUCUUUCUUUGAUUUUACUUCUACAUUUUUAUGUCUGUUUCCACCAACAAUCAACCCAGUACUGUUGAUGGCGGUGGGGGAAGCGGCGGCGAAGAUGAUGCCGUUGGUGGUAGUCGGUGUAAGGAGACGGAUGAUUCAGAAGAAGAGGAAGGCGAUAACAAUAAGGAUUUUAGAAAGAAUAAAGGGAAAAGGGUAACUUGUUUUCGGUUUAGAAAGGUUAAAAGUACGUUGUUGAGGAGGAAACGAAAAGGGGUUUCUGGAAAUUCGGAGAGAAGAAGGGAAGGAAGUGGCGGAGGAGGAGGAGGAGGGUGUUACUUGUGCUUGAGGAGACCGCUGACUUCGGAUUCAGGCGGUGAGUCACAAACAAGUGAUCCUAAUAGCCCCAGUUUUACUUAUGAGAUGUUAAGAGUUUUGAUUGAGAAGAAUGAUUUUUAUUCUAAUGAAUGCAAUCCCCAUUUAGAUGUAGAAUCUAAGCCCUGCUCUAAUCAAGAUGAUAAAGAUAAAUGAAAUGUGAUUAAAAUAAAAGGAGAAUUUUUGGAUGAUAAUGCAAUUUGAUUCCUUGUGUUGCAUUCUGGGUGAGUAUAGAACUCAGAGGCUUCGAAAUACCAACAAUUUGUGCAAUCGAGUGAGAAGUAUUAGUCAUGGCGGCCUAGUAGUUCUUGGUUUGUUUUGAGUCAUUUAGCAGUCAAAACACUGUAUUUGAACUCCGAAGCUCGAGGGGGUGAAAUAAUUCUGUAGUUUUAGUUUGUGUUUAUUGUGUCUGGUGUAUGAUUCUCAAUUUGGAGAGUUGAAAAUCAUUUCUAUCAGAUUGAGAGCAUAGCUAUUAGAAAUUCGGAAUAGCAAUCCGAAGGAAAGUUACAUUUCUGGGUAAUUUUUUUGACUUUGAGAAUUUUCCUAUGUGGAAUAGAAAUUUUCAGAAAGUGGGACGGGUUGGAUUUAUAUUUGAAAAAGAUUGAGGUGAAGCCAGAGAAACUGUCCAUCCAAUUGCUCUGUGGUGGAUGACAACUCGAGUACGAGGUAUAGAACUUGAUUGAACGAAACUAUUCUUUAUGCAAAUAAAUCAGAUUUUGCAGUGAUCACCUCUUGUAGCAACCAUAAUCUUGUAAUGUUCUACUUCAAUUGUGUUCAGCAUUUAGUUUUUAGAGCCAUAAUUUGUAAAGAAGUACCGGCCACAGUUCACAUUGUAUAUGAAGGUGGAAAUAUUGCAUAUCUAUGAAUCAUGUAAUUGCUUUUGAUGUAAAGCUUUACUUUGAGAAAUUUUGCCAGUUUUCUGUCAUGUUUUAUCUUCUUUUGGUUUCUUGAAAAGAUGUCAAUGAUUGAACUUUUUUUGAACUUGAUAAAACAUCAUGGUGGAUCAUGGUGAAGCCAAACAUAAGAGCAAUAUGGCCUUAUGGCGAAACAGAUGGACCAUAAAAUCCCCAUGUUAUCAAAGUUCAUUGUGUUAUAGCUGUAACUUAAUAUGAUAACAAGCGUAUCUAAGGUUCAUAAUUGGUGAUAAACAUGAACUUUACUAUGACUUAUAUAUAAGACAGAAUUCUGAAAAAACUCUUAUUGGGACCUUGGAGUGAAAAGAGCUAUUUUUCUUUCACACUUCACGGGACCAUUGUUUCCUCAAAAAGGAUUUAGCAUUUGCAUUUUCUCUGUGUAACUUGCAUGCUAAGGAUGGUGAUGUUGUAGAAGAAUCUGUCAGAACACUUUGUACAUUCCUUCCUCUCUGUAUUUUGGUAUCAGCGUAUAAAUUUGAAGUGUGGUUGGUCACUGAACUGGCCUUUGCUUCACAACCUUAUUUGAAACACCAUGCUUUGUAUGUUUAAAGCAACAACUUUAUUGUGCUUGGUAUAAUUAAGAACUUUAGGCAAUCCGAUGUUCAGUGUCAUAAAAUUGAUGGAUAACAUAAGUGAUGGUGACUUCAACUUUGGCCGAAGGCAUUGCUAGGAGAGGAUACCAGAAAUUAGUAUGCGUAGAAGGUAAGCGUAGCUUUGACUGGAAGGAUGAUCUUUGCUUUAUUGUGUGUAUGAGGUACAACCCGAUUUUUUGCUGGUGGAUACUUUGCUGGAAGGAAAUUGCUAGCAACGUAUAACAUAGACAUUUAAGUCAAAGUUCUUUAUUUCUGUCUCCAUGGAUCUAUAUAAUCUUCCCUCCAAUUUAAUCUAUGCUUAUGUAAAAGUUCUUUUAAAUAUUCUGGUAUUGAAAUUGCCAUGUUAUCUUAUCACUUCUCUAUUUUGUCACUGGUUAUUCUGAAAUACCUUCAGUCUAGUUUCAACUUGUCAUUUGACAGUACCUAUGGCGAUCCCUGUUGAUGUUCCCUUGGGAAUCAACUGUCACAGGAAUCUCGAUUAAGUCAACUUUUCUUUUUAUACUAAUUCAUAAUAGAGGAUUGUGCAUUUCAGUUAUCCAUCUUCUAAAGAUGUUUCUCCAGAAUCAUAGUAAGCGUCUGUUAGCAUCAAGUUAAAGGGUGGCUACUUAUGAGCCAUGCCGAAAUUUGCCUAUACCAAUGUUCAGGUCUUUCUUUUUUGCUUCUAUGGUUCUUACUUCAUUAAGUGCAGAAAUUUCAGGAUCCUUUUGAUGAAGCUGUUGUGACCCUUGUAAUGUUCUUUAAGGAACAAUUUUAUUUUUUUCGU